GUCAGUUGAACUUCCUUUGUGCUGGCGCCAUCCUAAGCCCUUUAUGUACAGUCUAAUGCAAUCCUAAAACAGGGUUUGGGUCGGGGAUUAUUCACGACGAAUAGACUGAGGCUCGCGGAGGUUAAGGAACCUUCGUCCGUCUGAAGCCCCAUGAGAAACUGGGAUGUUUCGGAGGCGGGGGCGGAGCCAGGCCGCAGCCCUCCCAGAUCGUCCGAGCGCUCGUUCCCACCCCACAGGUUAUGAUCAACUCCGGGACUCGUCCCCUUCUUCCGCGCGCGGUCCGCUCCGCAGGGAGUGGGAGCGGACCGAGAAGGGGACCGCGUCCACGCCUGCGGCUGUGAAGUCGAAGAGGAGCCGAGGCCGCCUCGACGAGUGGCCGGUGCUUAGCGAGGCCCCGUCGGGCGCCGGAUGCCGCGGCCGCCGCAGGAGACGCAGAACGCGCCCCGGCUCGCAGUGGAAGGCCCCGCGGGCGCGUCCCGGAGUCCUCGGGCUGUGCGGCGUCGGGGACCGGCCACCUAGGCCUGACCCCCGGCCGGGAUUCCAGGAGGCACCACCGAGGAGGGGUUGGCGCGGCGGCCGGCCGAGGGGGCCGGAGCCCCUCCCGCAGCGCCUCUUGUUUUGGAGCCUCGCGUGGUCCUGUCCCACUGGCCGCCGCGGGGGAGGCGGAGCGGCCGCCGCUGCAGCUCCAGGGCUACCCUCGCCGCCGGCCCUGCCCCCCAGCAGGAGGUGGGCCCGCGGCCGCGCAGGGACCACAACUCCCACAAGGCCCCGCGCUCGGCGGGGGCGUGGCCGGGGCGUAGGGGAAGCUGGGGGCGGGGCAGCCUGGGAGAUGAAGUGGGGGCUCCCGGCUCUCCGGCCUCACUCGCAGCUGCCGGGAGCCGGGGAGGGCGUCCCCUGCGUCCGCACGGCGCGGACCUCUGACCCUGGAGCCUCUCAGCCGCCGGGAGCCAUCCCCUUGGGUCGUCGCCCCGGCCGUCCACCCUUCCCGGCCCCGAGGGGCCCAGCCGGCCGCGCUGUGGGGAGAUGUCAGCAUGAGCCGGGGGGCCCGGCGGGCCGGCGCCGGGCGGGGGCAGCCGAAGUGCAGCUGCUGGUCACCCUGAGCUUCCUCCCGCGCGUCGUCGAGGCCCAGGUAACCGGAGUCUUGGAUGAUUGCCUGUGCGAUAUCGAUAGCAUCGAUAACUUUAACACCUUCAAAAUCUUCCCCAAAAUAAAAAAAUUGCAAGAGCGAGACUACUUCCGUUAUUACAAGGUCAAUCUGAAGCGACCAUGUCCUGUCUGGGCAGAAGAUGGCCAUUGUUCACUAAAAGACUGCCAUGUGGAGCCCUGUCCAGAGUACUCGAAAGUGGCAAACAAUACCAAAGAAUUAGAAGACUGUGAGCAAGCUAAUAAACUGGGUGCCAUUAACAGCAUGCUAAGUAAUCAAAGCAAAGAAGCGUUCAUUGACUGGGCAAGAUAUGAUGAUUCACAGGAUCACUUUUGUGAACUUGAUGAUGAGCGAUCUCCAGCUGCUCAGUAUGUAGACCUGUUGCUGAACCCAGAGCGUUACACCGGC